AUGCCUUCAGAUCCAUCAGAAAAGGAGAUUGGCCACACAACAGAUGACCGCGCAUCAACUCGAGAGACUGAAUGUGACAACGAGGACCCUGGACCACCUCACUUACUGAAACGUGAGCCCACAAGAGAAGAAAAGACAGCAGAGGCCUACGCAGAAGGUCACGACGCCGAUAUUCCCUCUAGUCUGGGCUAUGUACUCGAUGAGCGCGGCGAACAGCGAAGGAGACAAUCCCUAGCAAGACAGAGACGGGCAUCAGACGCGCGGAAAUCGACUACGAGCAAAAAUGGACCUGAAGAUGUUGAGAAGGGCCCUCAAACAAACGAGCCGGAUGGUGGGGAGACUUCAGAGGACGAGAAUGUGGUUUGGUGGGAUGGCGACGACGAUCCUCAAAACCCAUACAACUGGCCAACCUGGAGGAAAGUCAUGACAUGCACACUGAUCAGUGCCAUGACAUUCGUCACCCCCCUUGCUUCAUCUAUCUUCGCCCCAGGUGUGCCAGAACUCAUGAAAGAGUUUAAAAAUGACAGCCCCUACCUAGCCUCCUUUGUCGUUUCCGUCUACGUGCUCGGCUUCGCAGCAGGACCCCUCCUCUGCGCUCCUCUCAGCGAGAUCUACGGCCGCACGAUAGUCUACCAUGUCUGCAACUUCUGCUUCAUUUGCUUCAACAUCGGCGCCGCCUUCGCCCCGACCCUAAACGCUCUCAUCGUCUUCCGGUUAUUCGCAGGCAUCUUCGGCUCAUGCCCCAUCACUAACGGGGGCGGCUCCAUCGCCGACAUGAUCCGUCAGGAGAAGCGAGGUGUCGCCAUGUCCGUCUUCAGUAUCGGACCUCUCCUCGGUCCGAUCGUAGGCCCGGUUGCUGGUGGGUUUUUGAGUGAAAGCGCGGGGUGGCGCUGGACGUUCCGAUUACUCUCGAUUGUGUCAGGCGUCAUUAGCAUCAUCAUGGUCAUUUUCCUCAAGGAGACGUAUGCGGCCGUCAUUCUGGACAAGAAGGUUCGUCGGCUCCAAAAGGAGACGGGGAACAAGAUGCUGCGAUCGAAGCUUGACAUUGGUCUUUCAUCAGCCGAUUACUUCAAGCGCGGUAUCGUUAGACCUCUCAAGAUGAUCGCCUUCUCGCCAAUCACUCAAAUAUUUGGCUUCUACAUCGCCGUCGUAUACGGAUAUCUGUACCUCAUGUUCACCUCCAUUACGUCCGUCUUCAUGCUUCAGUAUCAAUUUAGCGCCGGUACAGCUGGUCUAGCCUUCCUCGGUCUAGGUGUUGGCUCCAUGAUCGGCGUGGUAUUCUUCAGCAUCACUUCAGACAAGUAUGUGAAAAAGAAAGCGGCCGAGGCCGAUGCAGCCGCAGAUGAAGCUGGAACAGCUCGCGAGGGAAUGAAGCCCGAGUACCGGCUGGUUUCGCUUCCAGCCGGCGCCCUUUUCCUUCCCGCAGGCCUCUUCAUCUAUGGCUGGACAGCGGAGUACGGUGUGCACUGGAUCGUACCAAUCCUUGGCACUUCCAUCAUUGGCGUUGGCAACCUCAUCAUCUUCAUGGCGUUGCAGCUUUAUCUGGUUGACUCGUUUACCAUCUAUGCGGCUUCCGCGCUGGCAGCGAAUGCAGUCGUGCGGUCCGUGGCUGGCGCUGUUCUGCCUCUUGCUGGUCUGAAGAUGUAUGAGGAUUUGGGCGUGGGUUGGGGAAACAGUGUUCUUGGAUUCAUUGCGGCAGCUUUAGUGCCCGUGCCGUUCUUGAUCAUAAAGUAUGGCGAAUAUCUUCGGAAGAACUUCGAGGUGAAGAACUUGUAA